CUGAUAGGUGGCACUGAUGCACACUGAUAGGCGGCACUGACUGGCACUGAUAGGCGGCACUGACUGGCACUGAUAGGUGGCACUGAUUGGCAGCACUGAUAGGUGGCACUGAUUGGCAUUGAUAGGUGGCACUGACUGGCACUGAUGGGUGACACUGAAAGGCAUCUCAGAUGGGCACUGAUAUGUGGCAUUGAUGUGGCACUGAUGGGCACUGGCACGUGGCACUGUUCAGCACUGACAGGUGUCACAUGAUUGGGAAAGGU